AUGUCUUCUACGCUGCUGCCCUUCCUCUACCAGACGAGAACCAUCCUGCGAGUGUCUCCUCGAGCCCCUACCAGCCUUGCGCGCUCACUGCAUGCGACGUGCAGGUUAAGAGCAGGGAAUGACAUACCCUUCGCCACCGACGUGCCCGGGGAGGACAUACCCAUCGAGGGCGAGGAAACCACUCCCUCAGAGACCACUGGGACCACUGGCCGGGGGACCAUUACCCCGUCGGAGCGACAGGUCUUUGCGCGCAUCUUCGCUGACAUCAAGGCCCGCGGCCUCAAGCCAACCCUGCAGGAGGGCGUCGCCGAGCCGUCACCUGUCGCUGCGCGAUCAGCCAUGCUCAUCAUGCAGCAGGCAGCCCACGACGCCGGCCAAUCCCGCCCUGCCACCGUCACUGCCCCCGGCCUCCUCGCCGGAGCUGCCAGGGAUCGCAACAAAGCCCUCCUGCGCUUCCCCGCCGGCCUUCGAGCCGCCGCGCGCAAGGCACUCGAUACCAUCGAGCACCAGGCCCCAGCCAUGCACCCACACGAGGCUAAAACACGGGAGGAGGAUGGCUUGGCUGACGAGGGCUGGGAGGAGCCCGCCCACACCUUUGGCCGCAGUCUGGAAGUCGAGGCCAAGAGAUACCCCGAAAGAAAUCGAAUUGAGGGUUUGAUCACCGGCGCCCAGACUGACUUUGAACUGUGGGAUAUCCUGGAGAAGGAGGUCUUCAUCAUGCCGGCUAGAUUGGGUAUUGCCAAGAGCGUGUCGACUCCCGACCAGGAGCAAGCUGAGACACUCUCCAAGAGGCAGCUCAAGAAGCAAUCGAAGAAGAAGCCUAAGAAGGUCAAGGCUGCGAUACACGACGAUGCGGCUGAUGCAUCUGGAAUCGCGGAAGCCUCAGAGACGAUCGCAGAAUCGGACGACACUGAUCCCAGCAAAUUGAACUUCUACAUCCACGGUCCGCUCUAUCCCGCAUACCUUCUACUGGCUCUUCGUCGGCUCGAUACCGCAUUUCACGCCUCGUCGCCGUUUGUGUUCUCCAUCUUGCCGCGUAUCAAGGAGCUGGGCUUGGAGUCUUAUGUACUGGGCGUGUCUACGCCGUUCUACAACGAAUUGCUCGAGAUCUACUGGAAUCGCCGUGGCGACCUGUCAGGCAUGCUCGACCUGCUGGAGGAGAUGCGACAUUGCGGGCUGUAUUUCGACGCGCAGACCGCAUCCAUCUUGAACCAGGUCGACUUGAGUGUCCACGAGCUGGCCGGGGCGAAGAGCCCUAGCCAAUUUGGUAGGGCCAUCAUGGAGAUGCCCGAGUACGAGCAAGCUCAACGCGCGCGCAUACGACACUGGCAUAGAGCUGUGGACAUGUCGAUCAAGCAGAGGCAAGAUGACGUUGGAUACUAG